AUGGGCAAGCACGGCAAUUGUGGUCGGCCAUGGACACCCUACGAAGAUGACCUUCUCAGGACUGCUGUUCGCAUUUAUGGCGAUAACACGGAGAAGUGGAAGACGAUCGCACGUUCAGUCCCUGGAAGGACGAACAAAGCGUGCAGAAAGCGUUGGCUGCACUCACUCUCGCCGUCCGUGAAAAAGAGCGCUUGGACUGCGGAGGAAGAUCAGCUUCUUCUGUCGCUCUUCGAGAAGCUCCCCAAUAAGUGGUCCCAGAUCGCUCGCGAAAUUCCUGGGCGGACAGAUGACGCAUGUUCAAAGAGGUACAGAGAGGCAUUGGACCCUAACCUCAAGAAGGAUGAAUGGACGGACGAGGAGGACACACGGCUUUUAGACGCCCUAGCACGCCAAGGUGGACCGACAAAUCCGAAAUGGGGACUCAUCGGCCAGGAACUUCGCCGUAGCGGUCUAGGGUGUCGUAACAGAUGGAGGCUGAUCCAGCGCAAGAGGAAUGCUGCUGCCCGACAGAAUACUACGACCCAGGCUUCGCCGGUCAACGAAAAUGCGUUUCCUGAGUUUUCGACGGACGAUUGGUCGUUGUUCACCGAUGGUGACCCUUCAUACUGGGCGGCUGCUGCUAUCGACCCCGUUGAUGUCAGCUUCCGUGAACUGCAGUAUCCUCAUUCCGAAAGGGAGAUAGCUCUCGCGGGCAUCAGUGAGGAACAGUUGGAAGAUUCUCCGGUUCACUCAAAUUCCACUCAAUCUGGAUCAAUCGGAUCUCGUGCGAGUAUUGUGCAAACUACAGGUCCCAAUGCGACGGCAGAAGGAACGGGUUUUUCUAAUGUCGCUUCCGUGAGAGCGAUAGCAUAUUCCUCGUCUUCUGAUGAACUCGGGCCGGAUUCGCAACUACCAGAACCGACUAAUCGAGUCGUCGAUAAUCAGAUUUCGAAUAUGUCGUGUUCCAACGAUGUAGAAGUAACUCAUUAUCCACUUUCGAUGCAUGUUCCUGAUGAUAUCGAUUGUAAUGCGCAGCAGAAUGACGAUGCGUUCCGAUUCUAUGACGAAAUCACGCAGAAUUCUCCUCCAAACGGAGAUAAUAUUGAACGACGGAGAACGUCUGAGGAGAUGCCCUGUGCACAGGAAGACUCUAGGGAUUCUCCAUUAACAGAAAGUGCUAUCAUAAAUGAAACGGAUAAUCUCAGUCUCAGUUCAUUGGGGACAUUGGCCCAUGCUGCUUCCACUCUAUCUCCUUCACCGUGUGCCGUUCCCGCACCGAGGUUGGCUCAGCACACCAUCCAUGACUUAGUUGUGCCUCCGCGGAAACGACGGCGCACUGCAACAAACUGCCCUGGUAUCGGCAGUAUGCAUGUCAUCUCCGGUCUUGUUGGGAAUGAAAAAGCAGCACCGAAAUUAUCAUCGUCACUUCCUGUUGCGGAUGACCCUUCCAUUCUGGCGUAUGCCUGCGGUCAUUCUACCUGCCUGUCAUCAAGUAGUGCAGCUAGUAGCCUAAGCUUCCCCACAGCUGCUGAACUUUUAAGUCACUUCAAGGACGAACACAUGAGUGACGCAGGUGCCGGUGACGAGGCACCGUUCCGAUGCGGUUUAAGAGGAUGCAACAAAAGAUGGAAGAGUAUUAAUGGACUGCAGUACCAUCUCCAAGUCUCCAAGGUUCAUUACCAAGAUGUUUAUUCUCGUACAACCGCAAGUAGACAACAGUCGGCAGACCAUAUCCCUGGAAGCGACGCUACCGGCACGGAUUCGCCUGAUGGAAACUCGUCCAUUACUACGAAGCGAGUGCAUAAAUGUCCCCACCCUGGGUGUGUGAAAGAGUACAAACAGCUGAGUGGCCUAAGAUAUCAUCUAUUACACGGCCAUCCGAAGGACAUGCCGGCGCAGUUGAGUGCCGUGCCGCCUCGGAUCGCAAAAGAGCUCGGUAUAGAGUCCAUGGCUAAUUCGAGUUGACACAAUUUUCAUUAUUGCAUCGUUAUCCUUAUUGGGAAGCAGAACAUAUAAGUACAUCCACAGUAUUUCCGGUAGUUUUCAUGUCACAGAAGCAACUUGACAGCCAUUUGUAACCAUUUUAUACAAGUUUAAGUAUCAAU